CGCGCAGCGCUUGGAGCGGACGGACGGACAGACGGACGGACGGACGGACGCCGGGCUUCGCAGAUGGCUUGCCCCGUUCUCGGUCUGGAAGCCUUGCAGCCCCUGCAGCCCGAGCCGCCCCCCGAGCCCGCCUUCUCCGAAGCUCAGAAGUGGAUCGAGCAAGCCACUGGCCGAAGUUUUGGUGAUAAAGACUUCCGGACAGGGCUAGAAAAUGGAAUCCUUCUGUGCGAGUUGCUGAAUGCUAUAAAGCCAGGACUUGUUAAAAAGAUCAAUAGAUUGCCUACCCCCAUUGCAGGAUUGGACAAUGUCAUCUUAUUCUUGAGAGGGUGUAAAGAGCUUGGCCUUAAAGAAUCUCAACUCUUUGACCCAAGUGAUCUCCAGGAUACGUCCAGCAGAGUCACAGUCAAGAACCUUGAUUCUAGUAGGAAGCUGAAAAAUGUGUUGGUUACCAUUUACUGGCUGGGGAAAGCUGCAAACAGCUCUGCAUCCUACAGUGGAACCACGUUGAACCUGAAGGAAUUUGAAGGGCUGUUGGCUCAGAUGCGAAAGGAGACGGAUGACAUUGAGAGCCCUAAACGCAGCAUCCGAGACAGUGGCUACAUCGACUGCUGGGACUCUGAACGCAGUGACUCCCUGUCCCCACCUCGCCACGGCCGAGAUGACUCCUUCGACAGCCUGGAUUCCUUUGGCUCCCGCUCCCGGCAGACACCUUCCCCGGAUGUAGUUCUUCGAGGAAGCAGCGAUGGAAGAGGAAGUGACUCUGAGUCCGAUUUGCCCCACCGGAAGCUUCCAGAUGUGAAGAAGGAUGACAUGUCUGCGCGAAGGACUUCCCAUGGUGAGCCCAAGUCAGCCGUGCCUUUUAACCAGUACCUCCCCAACAAGAGCAACCAGACAGCCUACGUCCCCGCUCCCCUGAGGAAGAAGAAGGCGGAGAGGGAGGAGUACCGGAAGAGCUGGAGCACCGCCACCUCCCCGCUGGGAGGGGAGAGGCCCUUCAGUUAUCCCGAAACGAUAGAGGAGGAGGGAAGCGAAGCAGGGUCUGCUGGCGAAGAAGACCCAACGGGCCAGAUGGGCACUGGUGGGCAGCCUGCUGGUGAGUUAGAGUCGGCCCCUGGCAGGGGUGAGGAGCAGCCUCCUUCCGAGGGGGCUGCACUGGUUCCAGCUCCCGCGCCUGAAGACAGAGAUGCUGCCGAAAGCCGAAAGCGCAGAAGGCUGGAGGAAGCUGGGAUCAAGGUCAUGCCCGCUGCCCAGCGCUUUGCCAGUCAAAAGCCGCUGAGAGAAGGGAAAGAAGCUGUUCGUGACAUUAUCCUUCGCAAAGAAAAUCCUUUUCUGACCCACCAACAUGGCGAAGGCGCAGAGUCAGAAGACGAAGCUACAUGUCGACUGCCUGACCUUGAGAAGGACGACUUUGCUGCAAGGAGAGUAAGGAUGAACCAACCCAAGCCGUUGGUGCCUCUGAACCAGCUCCUGUACGGCCCGUAUCUCCAAAGAGCUAUAGAGAAGUCAGAUGGCAGCAAGCAGCUCCCAAAGGGAAUUUCAGACAAGAAAAGUCUAGAGUAUAAAAGAAGCCAGGCUCAGGCAGAAGAGGUGAAGGAAAAAGUGACCCGCGUCACAUGCGCUCAGGAGAAUGAAGCAAUGGAAGUGGGCGUCAGGAAGUUGCCGGACCUGCGUAAGGAUGACCUGGCCCAGAGAAGGAUCCAGGGCAGAUGCACUGCUCACCGGGAGGCUCCUAGCUUCAUCACGCUCUCCAGCAUCACAGAAGCCGACCUGGAGACGUGGGAGAGACUGAAGGUGUCUGGAAAGACAAGGGAUGGAGAUGCUCAGCUCAUCGGUGCCCCUGAGCCCCCACCAGAAAUCAAUGCAGAAACGGCCAUCCGCGACGACUUUGCCAGCCGCAGAGCGAGGGCCUAUAAGAAAGCGCCGAGCCCCAGGCAAAAGUUUGUGCACUUUGGGCCAGUGACAGAGAUAGAUCAGCAGACGUGGAGGCGGCUCAGCAUUGGCAAGGCGGGGCCCAGGGAGGAUAUAGAAGUCACCGGUCAUGGCAGCCAGAGUCAAACUUCCUCUGGGUCCUCUCCCUCACCAAAUGCUUCCAGCAUAAAGGAUGACCAGACGUUUAGUCCACAAAAUGACUGCAGGAUAGUGAAUUCUGGCGCGGAUAACUGUUACAAAAAGGGGUCGUGGCAGGCUCCUGUGUUGGGGUCCCGGGAUGAAAAAGUGGGCACUGUAGGCAAGAGCUCAAGGACAGAGGAAGUUACUUCCAAACACUCACCACAGGAUGGCAAUGAGCAAAACGAAGGAAUUAUUCAAAAAGAUGCUGGGAUGCCACCUGAAGUAGAAAGAUCUGAGGAGUGCAGCCAGUCCCCAGUAUGUCCUCUGGUCCCUCAAUGGGAGACUUCAGGGACAGAAGAGGAGUCAGAGAAGAUGACAGCUCCUGUCUGCGGUGACUCUGGACUGAAAGUCCACAGCAAGUUGGCUGAACCGCAAGAGGAGGACAUGAUAACCAAGAGAACCGACGCGUCCUCUGUACCUCCUGGAUCCAAACCAAACCAGUUCCCUCCGGCUCCACUGGCCCAGCAGCAGGGUAUGGAGGAAUCUAACAAGGGCUCAUCCAUAAAAGAUCAGAGAUACGGUCCGAGGACCCCUGUGUCAGAUGACGCAGAGAGCACGAGCAUGUUUGACAUGCGCUGCGACGAGGAGGCCGCGGUGCUGCCGCACAGCCGGGCCCGCCAGGAGCAGCUGCAGCUCAUCAACAGCCAGCUGAGGGAAGAGGACGACAAAUGGCAAGACGACCUGGCUCGUUGGAAGAGCCGUAGAAGAAGUGCUUCUCAGGACCUAAUCAAGAAAGAGGAAGAAAGGAAAAAAAUGGAGAAGUUGAUGUCUGGAGAAGAUGGGUUAAGUGAACGAAGGAAAAGCAUCAAAACCUACAGAGAAAUUGUUCAAGAAAAAGAGCGGAGAGAGAGGGAGCUGCAUGAAGCGUACAAGAAUGCGCGGUCCCAGGAGGAGGCCGAAGGCAUCCUCCAGCAGUACAUUGAGAGGUUCACCAUCAGCGAGGCUGUGCUGGAGCGCUUAGAGAUGCCAAAAAUCUUGGAAAGAAGCCAUUCCACAGAGCCAAACUUAUCUUCCGUCCUGAAUGACCCCAGCCCCAUGAAAUACCUGCGGCAACAGUCACUGCCUCCGCCCAAGUUCACUGCCACGGUUGAAACCACCAUCGCCCGUGCCAGCGUUCCCGACAGCGGCCCGGCAGCGGGCGGCGGGUCUCCAAGCAAAACUCUCUCCCCCAAAGCUCUGCCCAUGCUAACACCCAAGCCUUACUCCCAGCCCAAGAACUCUCAAGAGGUUCUGAAGACCUUUAAGGUAGAUGGGAAAAUCAGCAUGAAUGGAGAGACGGACCAUGGCGAUGAAGAGGAGAAGGAGAAAGAGGGUCCCACAGUGACACCUACCCCCUCCUUAACCAAGUCCCAGAAGUUUGAAGGUGUGGCCAGAGUUCAUGGCUCUCCCAUGGAGGUGAAACAAGACAGCAACAGCAUUGAGAUCAACAUCAAGAAGCCAGACUCUCUCCCUCAGGAGCUGAGGGCAACCACUGAAGAAAUAGAACUGAACAGCCAAGAGGAUGAAAAUGACGGUGGAAAACCAAGAAAGGAGACUGCAGAGCAAGACUCAUUAGAGCCGCAGCAUUUCCUGACCACCGUGACUCGAUGCAGCCCAACCGUGGCCUUUGUGGAGUUUUCGUCCAGGGAAUUUUCCAGCCCCCAGCCAAAAAUUGAGGCACCAGAAGAGCAAGGGGAGAAGAAGCCAGAAAAUGGGAUGAGUGGGAAGGUGGAGCUGGUGCUGUCUCAGAAGGUGGUAAAGCCAAAAUCUCCAGAACCCGAAGCCACCCUGACGUUUCCAUUUCUGGACAAAAUGCCGGAAACCAACCAACUGCAUUUGCCAAAUCUCAAUUCUCAAGUGGAUUCUCCAAGCAGUGAGAAGUCACCUGUAACGACACCCUUUAAGUUCUGGGCAUGGGACCCAGAAGAGGAGCGCCGGCGGCAGGAGAAAUGGCAGCAGGAGCAAGAGCGGUUACUCCAGGAGAGAUACCAGAAGGAGCAAGACAAGCUGAAGGAAGAGUGGGAGAAGGCCCAAAAGGAGGUGGAAGAGGAAGAACGGAGAUACUAUGAGGAGGAGCGUAAGAUAAUUGAAGACACCGUGGUUCCAUUUACUGUUUCCUCAAGUUCAGCCGACCAGCUGUCUACUUCCUCUGUCACUGAAAGCAGCGGGACAAUGAAUAAGAUGGACUUGGAAAACUGUCAAGAUGAAGAAAAAGAGAGAACGCAGAAAAAUCUUACCCAGCAGGAUGACAAUGACUUAUUGCUCAAGACUAGAGAAAGCAAUCCACUGGAGGAGGACAGCCUGACUCAGGGGCUAUCAGCUCACUUUGAGGACCCCACAUCCAGAGGAAUCCAUCAGGACCAGCACCUGGAUGCAGAGGCUAAGACGCCACCCUGUGGGAUGAACCCACAGCUAUCUCAGGAUCCACCCCAGAAUCAGCAGAUAGCAAACCUACCAACACACAUGUCAGAAGAUGUGAAGCCCAAAACUCUCUCGCUGGAUAGAAGCAUGAACCAUCAGAUUGAGUCUCCAAGUGAAAGGAGGAAGAAGGGCCCUCGAGAGAGCUUCCAGGCUGGGCCUUUGUCCCCCUGUUCUCCCACCCCUCCCGGCCAGUCACCAAACAGGUCGAUAAGCGGGAAAAAGCUGUGCUCUUCCUGCGGCCUUGCUUUGGGCAAGGGGGCUGCCAUGAGCAUCGAGACCCUCAGUCUCUACUUCCACCUCCAGUGUUUCAGGUGUGGCAUUUGUAAAGGACAGCUUGGAGAUGCCAUGAGUGGGACGGACGUGAGGAUUCGCAACGGUCUUCUAAACUGCAGCGACUGCUACAUGCGAUCCCGAAGUGCCGGCCAACCUACAACACUGUGAUGUGGUUUGCACUCCUGCAUCACUGACCGUUUCCUUGUGAAGGAUGUCCUCUGGCUAUGGCUUCAUUAAACCCCAAGUUCAAGGUCUCCUCAGCACUCAUCUGUCUGAAAGACUCUUCUUUUUGCAGCAACAUGUUUGUGCUUUUCCUGUGGAAGGGGAGGUGUUGAAUUUAUUUGUUUGUUUUGCAUUUGCACAAUAUAUACAAAAGAAUAUUGAAUUGCAAGGAUUCUGAAUAGUCCACAGAGAGGUUUUAGCAUGGUCAAACAGACUGACAGUUUAAAAUGUAUGAUACCCUGAGAAAUCGCUAAAGGAUGCAGUAAAACUGGUGUGCUUUCGUGUUUCUAGAAAUUAAACACUGUGUUUACAGAAUUGAGCUGCAGAGGGCAAGGCAUGCCGAUUGGAGACAUGUGGUCUUCGAAGACAGGAGCAUCCAAUUAAUGCACUUCAGGAAAACUAAACAUCGCAGCAAGCUCUGUCUCUUGAGCGAUAACUUGUUUUUAAUGCAGAGACACUAGUCUGAUAAUAUAUACUGUAAUCCUGAAUACAUUUGUGUUACUUACCUUUUGAGGCAGAAGUUACACCAUUCAAUCAUUGCACUGUUAGUAUUAGAAUGUUUUGUACCUGGGAAGUCAUGUCUUUAAUAUAGGCUGGUCUGUCAAGUAAAGAGAGCCCUUGCAAUAUGGCUGGACUUGCGCUCUGGGCCAUGGCUCCAGGGGUGGGAAGAAACAGAAAGGAAAUAGUCCAGCCAUCAUUUCCAAACUUGCUACCAAAAUCUGUGAGCAAGUUUACUCUUCAAGAGUGGGGGGUCCAUGAUAGCCUUGAGGCUUGGGUAGCUUGCUUCUCUCUAGGCACUAAACUAAGGGUCUUUAAUAAGUGGCCUAAGGCAAAUAAUCAGGAAUAGCAGCCCAUCUUUAGGUGUGACCACCACUCACCUAUGCCUGCAAGCACAUCUUGAGGGCCCGAAGCCCAGAAAAGCAAAGAAAAAAGCUUUUCCAAAGAAAAGCACGAAGUCCAUCCUCACAGAAGUCAGGUGAUGUGAUGUGAUAAGCCCCAAAGUCUGGUUUGUGCCCAGCAGCGACAAAUGGCUCAGACUGUGCCGGCCUACCCUACGGACAUCUGUGCGCCUUCAUUCUUCCCUUCCCCUUCUGCGUUCUCAAGAAUUCUGGACCUUGCUUGUGGAGUUUAGAAAGGAAGGUUCCUGGAGACCUGGUUGCUUUUCUGCCCUGUGUGAUCUGCUUCCGCUGGACAAGGAAGGAAUCGCGCCACUACAAACCAUCCUGAUUUCUCUCCAUCCCGAUUUCUCUUCAGGCUGUUUUCUCUAAGACUGGGGGAAGGGGAACUAUUUAUUCUGCCUUAAAAGGAUGGCAAAUGAGAAGACAUUUUGCGAAUGUAGACUAUGGAUACACUCCUCAUAGGCUAAUUGUAGGCAUAAGAAGAAAUCAAGUACGUGGUGGUGUUUUUUUUUCCCCCUGCUAUGUAAGCAAUAACUUUUUUGUAUGUCUUAUCAAGUAUGGCUAGCAAUUAUUUAUUUCCAUGCUAGACGGUUCCCUGCAUGUGGGUUUCCAUAUAGGUGCAGAAAUGUCCUCGGCCACUGGAAGUGUUCUGACCACUUUGUCAUUUGGACGAGCUAUUAUUGGAUUGAAAUUUACACAUCAAUUCAUUAAAAAAAAAAAAUUGUGCCUUAGAAAAAAAUGCAAAACUGUUGCACAUUGUCGGGGACGAGUCAUGGCUGCAGAACACAGAGAGGAAGUCACUUGCGAGUUCCCACGACUUCUCAUGGAGGUGUUUGCAAUUUUCCAAGAAAAAAAAAACAAGAAACAAAACACAAAGAUUUUAACAAAAAGACAAGGGGAAGUUUCAAAAAGACAAAGAAAAACAGUUUUAAACGUGUACAGAUCAAGUCCAAUAUUUUGAUUAACCACCUGCAUGUUUUGGUAAAGAUUUUGAUAACGUGGAUGUUUAUACUUUGCAUGCUGAUAGCAGCCCUUUCCCAGAAACGAUGCACAACACAGUACGGCCAUUCAUAAGCGACUUUUAUAGAAUCCUUUUUACAUGUGGAACCCCAUCCAUUAUGUGAGGAUUACAUGACUAUUGCACAUUCUCUUCUAGUUUCACAAAGCCAUUUAUACAUAUUUCCUAGCGAGACUCAUUGUACAUGUAUGGGAGCUAGAAUGGAGUCAAGAAAAAUAAACCCCAUUCUUCGAAUGCAAGACGUGCUUUCCCAUAAUGAACACCAGUCACCAGCACGGAAUAAUCUCCAACAUUUUCUAAAUUCUAAUUGCCAACUGUUUCUAUUUCUAUUUGAUUUCUAUUUCAUUUCGAGUCGGUUACAUGGCAGUUUAGGCAGACUAGAUCUUCUUGUUUGCCAAGGCAGCAUAGAGUAUGAUCUAUUUCUUUUCAAAUAAUCUUUGAGAUCCCAGGGAAAAAAAAAAUGCCCUGCUCUGUGGAGCUGUAAUGUAAAUGUGUUUGCUUAAAAAAGCAGAUGAGGCAAGUGAGUGAUGUAUUGUUCUGAGGAAAUAUAUCUGAUUUUCCCCCUUCAGAUGCCAAAAGCUUGUCCCUUCUUUUUACUGGGGGGAGGGACAAUGGGUGACUCUUUGUUUUUUACUAGCAAACUUUCAUGACAUUUCAUUCUUCUUUUUAUGUAGUGUUAUUAAUUCAAUACAUACCCUAGUUAUCUAUACACAGUGUAAGAUUUAACGAAUUGAAAUGAUCCACCUCAUGCGUGAGUCCGUCCAAAAGACGUUCCUGUUCGGGGCGGACAGUGUUCUAUAUUGAUGACACUAACUUUCAUUUACAAUAUUUAUUCUAAAAGGCCUCUGAAAAAUAGUAAAAAAAAAUUAAAAAUGAAAAUAAAAAGUUGUCUAAAAUGCAACAGCUUUUAUAGUAAAUGUACAUUUAUAAAUAAAAUACUCAAAUCAA